GCGCGGUGCGGGUGGAGCCCCGCGGCUCAGGCGGCGGCCUGGCGGCGCGUGUACUCUUGAAUGGCCAUCUGAAAGUGUUCGGCCGUGUUUUGGUGCGGCCGCAGCAGGAUGAUGAAGGCCCGCGGCACGAAGUACCCGCCCAGCAGUGCUGCGAGCGUGCCCAGCGUGCUGAACACCCGCGCCGCCGUCUCGGCCUGGCCGCGCAGCGCGCCCUGCGAGCAGAGCACGGCGGCCGAGCAGCCCAGGUGUAGCAGCAGGCUCACGGUCAGGCUCUUGGCCUCGUUGUAGGCGGCGGGCAGGUCCGUGCCCGCGUAGCUGAGCGCGAAGCAGCCGGCGCUGAGCAGCACCGUGUAGGCGGUGGCGGCGUCGGCCGCGGAGCUCCGGGCGCACUCCAGCACCACCCAUUCGUCCCGCACGCCGUACUCCCGGUGCGGCACCGAGGGGCUGACGGCCUCGGUGACCACACACAGCGCCACUUGUGCCGCCGUGCUGGCGGCCACGAACAGCACCGGCCCCUGGCGCCGCAUCCAGGCCUCGUAGAGCGCAGGGCAGCGCGCGUUCAGCUUGAAGAUGCAGAGGAUCUGGAAGGAGCGGGUCGCCACGCACGAAAGGAACACGGUGAAGCUGAUUGCGAAGAGCGGCACUCGCAGCAGACAUGCCACCUGCGAGGGCUCCCCGAAGUAGCAGAAGAGACUGCUGCAGGUGCAGGCCAGGGAGCCCAGCAUGAGGAAACACGCCUUCCCACCCGCAGACUUGACCACGGGUGUGGAGGCGUUCAGGGCGAACAGGACGGUCAGCGCCGCUAUGAGCAGCAUGAGAAGAACAGCCAAGGACAGGAGCGCCCAGGAGAGGGGCUCGGACCAGGACAGGAACUCGAUGGUGCGGUUGAAGCAGACCUCACUCUUUUCUGGGGCCCACUCGCCCAAGCCACAGGCCUGGCAGUCAAAGGGGUCUGUGAAGGACGUGGGACACCUCACACACCUCGGACACGAGGCGCGGGUGAAGGUGAUGACACGGUUCUCGCCCGACUGCGCCGUGGUGCUGCUGGAGCACCUGGACUCUCCGGUGACACGAUUCCUGCUGAGCCACCCACCGCUGUCGCGGCUUUUCGAGCCCCAGAAAAAGGAGGAGUCUAACUUCACACCAGAGGACGCGGUCCUGGCGUCCGUGGGCAUCGUGAAGUGCAGCCCUGACCGCGGGCUGCUGGUGUCGGAGAGCAUGUGCCUGGCGCUGGAGGAGCUGAUCCAGACCUGCUGUGCGGAAGAUGAAGGCGUCCCUGUGGUGUUGGUGUGUGGACCAAAAAGCACUGGAAAAUCAACAUUCAACAGAUACCUAAUUAACCUGUUACUGAACCGCCUUCCCGUGGUUGAGUACAUGGAGUGUGACAUUGGCCAGACGGAAUUCACACCGCCCGGGUGCGUGUCCCUGAGCAGCGUCACGGAGCCCAUUCUGGGUCCCCCCUUCACUCACCAGCAGAUGCCCCGUAAGAUGGUGUAUUAUGGCCAGACCAGCUGCGAGCAGGACACAGAGAGGUACCUUGAUGUUGUGAAAUAUGUGUUCAGCUGCUACAAGAAGGAAGUGCCUCUAAUCAUCAACACCAUGGGCUGGGUGAAAGGUGAAGGGCUGCUGCUCCUCAUUGAUAUCAUCCGGCUGUUGACCCCCAGCCACAUUGUUCAGAUGGACAUGUGUGACUGGAAGGCCAUGCCCCCGCUGACAUCUGAGCAUAUCCACUUCAGCGCCGGGCUGCACACCAAGGGCAAGCAGCAGUCCAAGUGCAAGCAGCUGGGAGCAGAUGAUGUGGAGAGCUGGAAGUACCCCGAAGGGGAGGACAUGUCAACUCCACAGCACAAGCUGCUCUAUGUCCACCCGGAAUUCCCUCGGGCAGGGGUGGCAGGUGAAGCGCGAGUGCACAGCGGCAUCCUGCGUGACAUGUCCAUUCUGGGCUACCUGGGGCACCUGCAGAGCCCAGACAUUGGGGCUGUGCUCCCCCUGCACAGCCUGGUGCCAUAUCAGGUACCUUUCAAUGCUGUGGCACUCAGGGUUAUUCACACAGAUGUUGCUCCCAGCAACAUCAUGUAUGCAGUGAACGCCAGCUGGGUUGGGCUGUGCUGCAUUCCGGAGGAAGUCCGGUGCCAGAGCGAUGGGCCAGUCCUGCUGACACAGACUCCGAUCUGCGACUGCCUGGGCUUCGGAAUUGUCCGAGGGGUUGAUAUGGAGAAGAAGCUUUACCACAUCCUGACACCAGUGCCUCCAGAGAAUCUGAGACGAGUGAAUUGUCUGCUCCUUGGGAACAUUGCCAUCCCUAACUGUGUGCUUGUGGGCCAGCAAGGAAUUGAGGGAGAGAUCCCCUACGUCACAUCCGAUUACAACUACAGUAUCGUGGGCUCAGGGAAACUGAGGAAGAAGAAGCAGCAUUUGAAGAAGAGGGAGUUCCCCUUUUGAGUGUGAUUAUACUUGAAGCCUCUGGGUGCUCAGCCAGGGUUUGUUCAUGUAAGACCUCAGGUGGUUGCAUGAGCUCUGGGUGCUGCAGAGGCCCUGCAGAGGUAGAUGCUACAGUGGGCCGGUUUUGAUAAUGUUUUCUAUGUUCAGUUUGUAUUUUUUGGUGUUUUGUAAUAAAUAUCUAUGGUAAACAUUGA